UAUAUUAGAUACAAAAAAUGUUUUCUUUCAAAAGAAUUUUCCGGAUUCUACUUUACGUUCUCUUGAUCUCAUUGUUUAUUUACACGAUAGUCGACGCAGUCAUGCAAUAUAAGAAAUUCACUUCCCAGCAAAGUUUGAUCGAUGAAAUAAAUAACCAUCUAUCGAUACACACAAACAUACGGACUUUCACUGUCCGUGGUGGCAACAAUAAUCAAACUGUCAGCUCUAUCAGAAACGGAAACAAUCGCAAUGCCGCGUUCGAUGAUUCAUUAAUCGUCAGCAUAAAAAAAUCGAUGCAGAAUACGAGCCGUCAUGAAGGAACAAUAUUAAAUGCAUCAUAUAAUUUAUCAAUACCUCGUAAAUAUAUAUUCAAAUAUAAGAAACAAAUUGACGAAAUAUUUGAUCUGAUGCGAGAUAAUCGUAUGGAAUUGGAAAAAUUGUGCGUCGACGGAAUCCACCGGCUUGAAGGCUACAUUACCUACGGCUACGGCUUGAACAGCUUGAUCCAAGUCGCGGGCAUAAUAAAAGGCUUCUAUAAACUAUUCGAUAAUAUUGUACCCUCGCAUCAUCCUUACGAACUGAGACAGACGGAAAAGAAACACUGGUUCCGAUUCAUUGUUUAUCUGACCCGAUUGCUGGCAAUGUACGAGUUCAUCGGUAACGACAAGACGAUUAAAGACACGAUUUGCGUCUGGUUGAUAAACAAAAUCAUUCCCGCGAUUGACAAAACCAUGGGCUGGAAAAUUGAACGUCAGGAAAUGGUUUAUAUAGCGAUACCACGGUUGCUUAAUAGUUUUUACUCUUCGAAAGAUCGUAGGCAGUUCUUGAGUGACGUCAAAAGUGAUCAAUUUAAGAAGUUGGGUCCUAUUAUAGAGGAUGUGGUUAACGUGGUGAAAGAUGAUGAUGAUGACCUGAUGAUAUUUGAAGGAUUUUAUAAAAAUUUAUAUCAUACAUUUUAUAAUUAUGCAUUGACAGUUUAAUAUUAUCGUGAUUUUAAGUUUCCAUAAAGAAUUGAUUGUAAUAUUUUGAUUUUUU